AUGAACGCACUCAGACGAGCCGCGCAGCGCGCGCUGUUCACCGGCGAGAGGCACGGCCUCGCCGGCGGCGCGCGAGCGUUCGCCGCAAAGGCCAACGCGUGCCCGCACGACCCGACCAAGCCGUACCACAAGUCCCCCCUGCCCCUCGAGACCGCGGGCGGGCUCCUCGAGUACUCGGUGGUGUACACGGACCGCGCGAUGAACCACAUGUCCAAGCCGUUCUGCAAGAUCAUGAACGACAUCGACAGUACGCUCAAGGAGGCGUACAACGCCACCUCCACCAUCGUCAUGCCGGGCUCCGGCUCCUACGGCAUGGAAGCCGUCGCCCGCCAAUGGGCGACCGGCAAGAAGGUGCUCGUGUUACGCAACGGGUACUUCUCCUACAGGUGGACCGACAUCUUCGAGCAGACCGGCAUCCCCUCCGAGACGAUCGUCCUGCGAGGCCAACCCGUGGACAACUCGUCCCAGCCCCAGUUUUCACCCCACGACAUCGACGAGGUUGUCAAGACGAUCCAGAGGGAGAAACCCGCGGUUGUGUUUGCGCCGCACGUCGAGACGAGCACCGGGAUCAUCCUACCCGACGAUUACCUCCUUCGCAUCUCCAACGCGGUGCACGCGCACGGUGGGCUCUUCGUCCUCGACUGCAUCGCGUCCGGUACCGUGUGGGUGGACAUGAAGGCGACGGGCGUCGACGCCAUCCUCUCGGCGCCGCAGAAAGGGUGGACGGGUCCCGCGUGCUCUUCGCUCAUGAUGCUCAGCGAACGAGGCGACUACGCGACGCGCAACACCACGUCCACGUCCAUGGUGAUCAACAUGAGGAAAUGGCUCGAGGUGAUGGACUCGUACAACGCCGGGGGGUUCGCCUACUACACCACCAUGCCCACCGACGCGCUGAACCUCUUUCGAGACGCGGCGCUGGAGACGAAGGAGCUCGGGUUUGGCAAGGCGAAGCAGAUGGCGUGGGACCUCGGGAACGAGUGCCGCGACAUGAUGAAGUCCAAGGGUCUGAGGACGGUGAGCGCGCCCGGGUACGAGGCCCCGGGCGUGAACGUGUGGUACACGUCGAGCCCGGACAUGUUCCAGCAGUUCAAGGCUGAGGGUUUCCAGGUGGCCGCGGGCGUGCCGUUUAUGAUUGGCGAGCCCCCCGGGAACUUCACGUUCCGCAUCGGCCUCUUCGGGUUGGACAAGAUCGUGAACAAGGAUAGGACCAUCAAGAUCCUGGAAGGCGGCCUGGACAAGGUGCUGGCGAACACCGAGGCGACGGCGGUGGCGGCGUAAGCGGGGGAAGCUCGGGGGGAUCAAGGAAAGACUUGUUUACUGUGGAUCAAGGCGUGUACAAUAAAACUUAGCGUUGGUUGGGACAAAACGGGUAUAACACCUUGUACCGGGGUACGACCGAUGGUUAGCUUCGACUAUAGAUUUUGAUCAAGAGCUCGCCGCUAUCGCAUCACGCGCCUGAAUCCCCCGACGUUUCCCACCCGCGCCGGCCUCUUCGCCCCCGCGCUCGCGCUCAUCACCACCGCAAACGCCGCCGCCGCCAUCGCCGCCUUGGGCAACAACGCGAUCGGGUCAAUCCUCCGCGCCGCCGCCGCCGCCCGCGCCACCAGCGAUGGACCCGCCGCCUCCGGCGAACGAUCCCCCGUGCGUCGCCCCCGUGACCGCCGCUGUCCGCGCCUGCGCUGCCCGGAGGCACGCCUCUCUUCGCUCUGCGGCGAGGGCCUGGAGAAAUCAGUCGAGACGCGUCGUCGUGAGUUUUGGGGAGAAAACAAGUCGGGGAUGAAGACGCGGAAAAACACGGGGAGAGAAAACACGGGGAGAGAAAACACGGGGAGAGGUUGGGGUGCGAAAACGAGCCGGGGGGGAAUCGCGCGUCGUGCGCACGCACCGCUUCGUUCCGUUUGUUCGCCUCGCCCUGUUUGGCCUUGGCGAGGAGCGCCGCGGCUUUUCCCCCGCCGCCAGAUUUGCCGACUCUCGAUCGAGCCGGCUCGGGCGGCGGCGGCGCCGCCGGGGCCGGCGCCGGCCCUUUCUCCCCAUCCGCCGCCGCCGCAGCCUUCGCACGCUCCUUCGCCCGUUGUUUCUUGAGCUUCUCCUUCUCCUUCUUGGAUAAGGGCUUGCUGCCGCUCGCGUCGCCCCCGUCGUCCCCUUCGUCCCCUCCGCCGUCGCCGGCGUGGACCCCCGCGCCUGCGCCAAAGUCGAGACCUCGAAGCGCCGCCGCCGCCGCCGUCGCCCUCGACUCGAUCUGCGCCAUCCGAUCCCUCUGCGCGUCCGUCAGCGCGCCGCCGCCCGCGUCCACCUCGCGCGUGACCAAAUCGGCACCCCCCUCGGCACCCCCCUCGGCACCCCCCUCGGCACCCACCUCGGCACCCACCGCGUCCUCCACCGGGCUCGCCGACGCCAACCUCGCGACGACCCUCCGCGUCUCGUUAAACGUCGGCCUUCGCGUCGCGAACGGAACCCCGCGCACCCUCUCGUCCCCCCGUCCCAAACACGGCUCCUUACCCUUACCCGGGGCGUCGAACAGAGUCUUGCGGUCCGUCUUGCUCGCGGAGACGAAGAUCAGGGCGCAUGUGUUCAGGACGCUCCGCCAGCCGGAGAGGCACUCGCGAAUCUCCUCCUCGAGCGCCCUCUCGUUUGCGCGUCGCAUCGACGAUCCCGCGGAUUUGAUCGUCUUACCCCCGCCCGCGUCCUUGGUGCUCUGCCUCCCGCCAGCCUUGGCCCUGACCACGUACCUGUGAAACGUCUUGUGGGCAAUCGCGGCGCCGGGGGGGACGACGUUCUCGAUGGGACCCCUCGGUUUCUUCUCCACGCGAGCGCCAGAGUUUGUU